GUGAAUGUAUAAAACGGUGGUGGGGAAGGCGCCUCGUAGCACUGAGUAGCAGAUUGUCUGUGAGUUGUUUUGUUGGCAGUUGUAACGGAAAAACAGUGAACCAUGGCUUUUAUGAUGCCUGUAGUGAAGAACGACUGGGACAUCUACAAGUCGAACAGAUCGAGGCGUAGCUCCGAAUGUUCGAACCCGCAGUCUUGCAGGAGUCGGAAAGUCUCCGAGUGUUCCAAGUCUGAAGGCCCUAGCCUGUCGACUUCUCCGGGCAGCGAAUUCAUUGUGGGAUCACCGGCACAUCGAUCAAUCCCCAUGGCGAUGUCAUCUCGCCAGUACUCCAGGGCGUCCUCACGUGCCUCCCAGUCCAGCCUGCAGUCGCCCAGUAAGUCAACUUCCUCGUCACCGCCCAAGUCCGGGUCUCAGUCCUCGCUCAACAAGUUCCACAACCGCCUGGUCGACAAACUAAAGCGUUCCUUGAGAGGCAAGGACGCCAUUCCUGACGGUUCCGAGACGUCAGAUCAGACGCGAGCGUCCUCCUGAGGCACACUCGCUGAAGAGGACUCCGAGUCGCUCCAGCCACCGCCAUCAUGCAUGAGACGUAGCAGCUCCCGGGUUACAAUGGCGACUACGACUCCGAUCGUGGUGCCCGCCAGGACUCGAUCCGGGAGCCGCGAGGCAACGAUCCCUCAGCGUGCCGCGUCGUCCUACCCCGGUACCGGCUUCGUAUGGGGUGGCAACAGCAAGUGUUGACAGUAUUACAGACUGUAACAACAAGAUGGAAACUGUGAUAUAUAAAUAAAUAAUUACAAGACUACGUACUUUUGAUAUACGUCAGUGCUGGAUGCAGGCCUAUUGUUGAGGGACGCGGGUGAAAGUGUGUAAAUUAUUCAUAAUCAUUAUACAGUAUAUAGCGGUAUAUAUUAUGUAUAAGAUAUAUAUAUAUAUAUUUAAAGCACUUAGAUUCUUUCAGUGCAUAUAAGGACGAACUGUUUUUGAGUUGUAGUUGGCCCUUCUUUGCCAUCGAGGAAUAAACUGAAAGCCAGACUGUGAUUUCUGCUUGGGUUUUGUUGCUGUUCGUAGCUAUAGACGUCAAGCAUAGCGGAGACAUUCCAGUAGUGGUGUUGUGUAUCACGAAGUUCGUACUUUCUUUCUGCUGUAGAAGUACUUUUGAAUUACGUAUGAUAUAUAAAUGAAGUUAACAGUGUAUGAAAUGGAAAAGACCUCUCUUCUUCUACCUGAUGACUUUUCAAAAAAAAAUGUUCCUGACAACCUCGUUCAGCUAGCAGCUAAGAGUUCUACGCUUUAAGAUCAGGUCAAUAUGUUAUACGAUCAAAAUAUCUUUCUUUUAAAUUUAAUUUUGUAGUAAUAAAUUGGCCAUCAUAUCAGUUGAAACAAUAUAUCAUAUUAUGCUACCUACA